AUGCCUAAACGUACGUCAGUAACGACCACGUUGCAACCACCACAACAACAACAACAAUUGCGCAAAAAUGCUGCUAAUGCGUCAUUAUCACUGCCAUCGAAUGCUGUUCAUCAGACAACAUCAUCAGCUAACGAACGAUCCUGUGUAGCAUAUGAAUGUGAGCAACAUGCUGUGGCUAAUUUACCAUUUAAUUGGCAAUCAUUAAAAGCAUCAUUACACGAUCGAAUAAGUACACUAUGUUUAAACGAAUACAUGUCAGAUGUCCAUUUUAUAGUGGGAUGUUCUACAAUAUUGCUGCCAAAUCAAAUUGAACGAAUACCGGCCCAUAAACUUAUUUUAUGUGUAGGUAGUUGUGUUUUUGAAGCAAUGUUUAACCGACCCUUAACAUUAAACAAUGACCAGGCUACUGACAAUAAUGAUAAAAUCGAAGUGUCAGAUGUAGAGCCAAGUGCAUUUAAAAAUUUGUUAAGAUUUUUAUAUUCUGAUCAAGUUUCAUUAAAUGAUGAUAAUAUUAUGACAACACUAUAUGCAGCAAAAAAGUAUUGUGUACUCGGACUGGAGCGAUUUUGUGUUGAUUUUUUAAAAAAGAAUAUAAGUUUAGAAAAUGCGCUAAUAUUAUUGAUUCAAGCUCGUAUGUUCGAUGAACCACAACUAGCAGCACAAUGUUUAGAUGUUAUCGAUAAAAAUGCUAGCGAUGCACUGACAGCAUCAGAAUUUUAUUAUCUUGAUUUAGAUACAUUAUGUGCGAUAUUAAAACGUGAUACACUUGGAAUAAGAGAAAUCAAAUUAUACAAUUCUGUAAUUCAAUGGGCAAAACAUCAGUGUUCAAAAAAUAAAUUAGAGUCAACAACGGAAAAUAUUCGAAAUACGUUAGGACAAGGAUUAAAAUUAAUUCGAUUCCCACUCAUGUCACAAGAAGAAUUUGCUAGCGGACCAGCUCAAUCUGGAAUAUUAAAUGAUAAAGAAAUAAUUCAAAUAUUUUUAUACUAUAAUUUACCCGACGGCUUUAAAAUUGAUUUUGACGAUGAACCACGAAAUACUGGAAAAGAAUAUUCAAUUAAUCGUUUCUGUGAAGUUGAAAAUCGAUGGUCCUACUCAGGAACUAGCGAUCGUAUUCGAUUUAAAGUUGAUAGACGAAUAUCCAUUGCUGGUUUUGGCCUUUAUGGAAGCAUUCGAGAACCAUAUGAAUACGAAGUGAAUCUUCAGUUGCUAAAUUCAGAAAGUGGAAUUAUUAUUGGUCAAAAUGAAAGUGUGUUCAUGUCAGACGGUUCAACGUCAACAUUUCGAGUUUUAUUUAAAGAACCAUUAGAAAUUCAGCCACACGAAUAUUAUGUGGCUAGUGCAAAACUGAAAGGUCCUGAUUCGUUUUACGGUAUAAAUGGUCUUCGAAAGAUUACACAUGAAUGUAGUACAGAUGGUAAAGUAACAUUUCAUUUUGCCUAUGCAUCGGAUAAACGUUAUCUGAUUGCCUUCUGUCCAAUACUCAUGGCUGAAUUUAGCAUCGAUAAUACACGAUGGUAUAAAACUGCACGUAAAAUUGACGAUGAAGAAAUAGCUAUUGUUCAAAGUUUAUGUACAAAACAUUUGAAUAGUCCCAAAACCAUUGCUGAUUGUAUUCGAAAUUCGCCAAAUCGUUUUGGUGAUAUAUCAAAUUAUUAUUCCACUAUCAAUGAAAAAAGUAGAAAACGACGUGUAUCAAGUUGUCUCAGAAAAAUUGCUGUAGAUACAGCAGCAAGAGAAUGUGCUAACACUGAAAGCACUUUUUUUCAAGUAAAAGUGAGCAUCCUGACUCAUAUUUGUAUGAAGGAUGUAAUGAUUCUUGGUUUUUUUAAGACUUCGAUCAUUUCAACCUCAUUGUCAUCAACAUCAUCUAAUUUACAAUAUUUUCAAAAGAAUAAAAUAAUCUCCUCUCUCCUUGAAUGUUCACAAUUUUCUAUUGCAUUACGUCUCGUUGAAUCAUUUCUCGCUAAUCCCUAUUUACGUUGUUAUUAUUCCUACAUGUGUAUACCUCAUUUACGUGGAGAAAAUAUUUUUGAUCUAUAUAAAGCUGAAAAAUACGUGCAUGAUGUUCAACUUUAUUUCCACAAGCUUAUACCUGAAUUAACAUUCGAUAUUGAUUUAUUACCAGCACAAACCUAUUCAAUAUUUUGUGGUGAUGACUAUUCAACAACAGCUAAUUUUGAUCGUAUUAUCUUCGAUCAAUCAUUUAUUCAAGAAUUAUUGACACCAACGUCAUCAUCAUCAAAUAUCCAACAACAAGAACAAAAAUAUUAUAUGGAAUUAUUCUUCAUCUUUGUCAGACUUUUACAUGAAUUAGCAAAUGCGGCCAUAUUUCAUUGUGGAAGAUUAUUUUUGUCAGAUAUUAAAAAUAGACAACGUCGAUUUUUGGGUCAGUCUCCCAAAACGCAAGCAUUAUGUUCAAAUGCCGGUUUAGCGAUCGAACGCUUUUUAUUUGGUUCAAGUAUUUCUGUUAUAUGGAAUAAUGGAAUUGAAAAUGUGAUAUUGAACGAUGGCCAACCAGCUAUUAUUGAUCCAGCAUGGAUUUAUGAAUUUGUUAAUACUGAACGUAUAAAAAUGAUAAAAACAAUUGGAAAUGUAGCGUAUAAGUAUCCAUCGAAUUUACAAUUACAUCAGCAAAAAUGGAAACAGGUUUUAACUAGGAUGCCAACAAUUGGAAAUGUAUUCAAACGAAUGAAGGAUCUAAAUAAUAGCGAUGAAUGCCAGCGUGAAACAGGCGAUAGUUCCGAUUUUGUGAAAAAGUCAUUAGAAAGUAACGGUUCCUUAGCUGAACUACGUGCCAAAUUGCGUUCAGAUAUAUUUCAAACGCUUCAAGAUCCAAAUGACGUUAAACCAAAAUUACCCAAUGAAAAUCUUCUUUUAAAUGAAUUAAUAUUAGAAUAUUUUAAAUAUAAUAAUUGGAACUGUGCAGCAUCGGUUUUGACUGCUGAAAGCGGCCAACCGACUACAUCAUUGGGUCGAACAUUUGUUGCUGAACAACUGAACGUUUUUGAUGAUGAAAAAAUGCAGCGAGUACCCUUACUAUACUCCAUGUUGACACAUUUUAUGUCAAAUAGCAAAAAUACAAAUUGGACGCCACACUCUCAAUCAAAAUAG